CGCCCGGACUUCCGGGUUGGGAACCCGCGGCGAGUCGGGCUCCCGGCGGCGGGGCGGCCCGCGGGCCCGGGGCAGGGAUGCACCGUCGCGGGGUGGGAGCUGGCGCUAUCGCCAAAAAGAAACUUGCCGAGGCCAAGUAUAAGGAGCGGGGCACCGUCCUGGCCGAGGACCAGCUGACCCAGAUGUCAAAGCAGCUGGACAUGUUCAAGGCCAACCUGGAGGAGUUCGCCAGCAAGCACAAGCAGGAGAUCCGGAAGAACCCUGCGUUCCGCGUGCAGUUCCAGGACAUGUGCGCCACCAUCGGGGUGGACCCCCUGGCCUCUGGAAAAGGCUUCUGGUCAGAGAUGCUUGGCGUGGGCGACUUCUACUACGAGCUGGGUGUGCAGAUCAUCGAGGUGUGCCUGGCCCUGCGGCACCGCAAUGGAGGUCUGAUAACUCUGGAGGAGCUGCACCAGCAGGUGUUGAAGGGAAGGGGCAGGUUCGCGCAGGAUGUCAGCCAAGACGACCUGAUCAGGGCCAUCAAGAAGCUCAAGGCACUGGGCACGGGCUUUGGCAUCAUCCCAGUGGGCGGUACCUACCUCAUCCAGUCUGUGCCGGCGGAGCUCAACAUGGACCACACGGUGGUGCUGCAGCUGGCCGAGAAAAACGGGUACGUGACGGUCAGUGAGAUCCAGGCCAGCCUCAGGUGGGAGACGGAGCGCGCCCGCCAGGUGCUGGAGCACCUGCUCAAGGAGGGGCUGGCCUGGCUGGACCUGCAGGCGGCCGGCGAGGCCCGCUACUGGCUGCCCGCGCUCUUCACCGACCUCUACUCGCAGGAGAUCACGGCCGAGGAGGCCCGCGAGGCCCUGCCGUGACCGUGCCGACCUCCCGCUGGGCCGGGGGCCCGGUUUCGUUUCUAGGAAAUAAAGUCUUGAGUUUUACUUUC